CCCGCUGUUCUGCCAGAUGACUCGUUGCCCGCUGUUGAGCUUGGUGACCCGGUGCCCGCUGUUCUGCCAGAUGACUCGUUGCCCGCUGUUCUGCCAGAUGACUCGUUGCCCGCUGUUGAGCUUGAUGACUCAUUGCCCGCUGUUCUGCCAGAUGACUCGGUGCCCGCUGUUCUGCCAGAUGACUCGGUGCCCGCUGUUGAGCUUGGUGACCCGGUGCCCGCUGACUUGCCCGGUGACUCGGUGCCCGCUGACUUGCCCGGUGACUAGGUGCCCGCUGUCGUGCCAGAUGACUCGGUGCCCGCUGUCGAGC